CAACUAUUGAAUAUCAUCAUCACUAAUAUGCAUGUUUCCUCUUCAUUUUAACAUCAAAUUGUCCUCUUUUUUUGUUUGUUUUACAUACGAAGGGGAGGGGGGAGUAGCGGAAUAUUUCAUAGAGAAUGAUUUCAUCAAAUAAACUGCGGAAAUAUUAUUUUUUUUUGAUUUAACAAAUUAAGGGAAUUAUUAUUAUAAUUAUAAAUAAUUGAUUGUGGGUAGCAACAACAAAAAAAAAUACAAAAAAAACAUCAUUGUGACUUGAUUCUAUUGAAGUGUGAUGACAAUUCAUGAUCAAUUUUUCAUUAUUUCAAAUGAAUAAUGGGUUCAGUUAAUAGUCAUCUCAUGAAUUCAGAUCAUUCUGAAUCGUUAUCACAACAACAAAGUACAAUUAUAAUUGAGAAUACAAAAAUCAAUGAUUCAAAUACAAAAUUAAAUGAAUCCAUGAUUUAUACAAGUUUUUGGCAUCGAUUAUUUAGAAGAUCAAAAAGUUUAGACAGUGAAUCAUCACAUGUCAGUUCACCUGUUAUAAAUGAACAACAGAAUAAAUUAAAUAUACAAUCAGAUCAUUUACAAAAUCCUAUUACAUAUCAACAUACUACUAAUAAACUACUUACAAAUGAUGAAACAAGCUUAUCUAGACCAGUUUCCAUAGAAUAUAAUAAUGAUAAUAAUAAUACUACUACUACUAAUAAUAAUAGUAGUAUGAAAAAUUACAAAAAAGUAUUUGAACGUAAACAUUUUACAGAAUAUGGACAUCAUCAAUUUCAAAUUACUUCAUUAUCUAGUAGAAAACAACGUUUAUUACGAAAUCAUCCAUCUUAUCAGCAUAAUACAACACCAAUGAAUAAUAUGAAUCAAUCUAUCAAUGAAAUACAAUACACUACUACUAAUACUACUGAUUCAAUGAAUAUAAGUAGUCAAAUGAAUUCCGAUAAAAUAAAUUUCAAUCCAUGUAAUUUAUUAAAAAGUGAAUCAAAAAGUCAAAAUUAUUUAGAUUUAGAUCAAUCUCCAAAAAUGCGUUAUGUACGUAAAUUGAAUACAUUUGCUAGUGUACCAGAUUUAACUAAAAAACCAAUACGUAGUGCAUUAAAAGGAAGUCGUAAUAGCAGUGUACAUCGAUCAAUACAUGAACAUGAAGAUGAACAUGAAGAUGAACAUGUUACUAUGUCACCAAAUCCUUUAAAUUCUGAUUCAUUUUCAUUAACACCACCAACACCAAAUGAAAUGAGAUAUUUAUUCAAUGAUCAAUUAACGGAUUUAUCCAAUACAAUGAUGAAUAUGAAACCAAUGAUUAAAACAAAUUCGAAAACAUUCAAUGAUUCAAAUGAAUUACCAAGUCAAUUAGAUUUAUGUAAUAAAAAUAAUCUUAAAAUUGAAUAUAGUGAAUAUUCACCUGAAUUAAAACGAUUCAAUAAGAACUAUUAUCAAUCAUUUCAAGAAGAUAAAGAAGAAGAAGAAGAAAAAGAUCAUGUUGAUGACAUGAAGAAUUCAAAGAAAAUGAAUAUAACAUAUGAUAAUGAAACGAAUGAUGAUGAUGAUAUAAUUGAGAAUAACGAUAUGAUAGAAGAUGAUAAUGAAGAUAAUGUUGAUUCAAAUGCAUUAACUCCACGAUUUCAUUCUAAACUCUUGAGACGUGAUAGUAUGGAAUGUUACCUUGAGACAAACAAAGCACAUGAUAUACGUCAUGAAAGGGAUCAUCCUCUUUCCGAUCUUAUUGAAGAUGUGAUAAACGGAAAACAUUCUUUUGGUGAUUCAACGAAUGGAACGACUGAUUUGGUAGAGGAGGAAGAAGAAGAAAAUACGAAUGAUGAUGAUGAUGACGAUGACUGUGAAACCGAUGAAAAUAGUGCCGACUCCUUGUCCAAUUCAAUAAAAGAUGAGUACUCACCCAAACCUUUGAUAACUGAAGUACUUUCACCUUCCUUAUGUGCCAGUGGUUAUGGUCCAGUUGGGCACUUGUUAACAAGAUGGUUACCUCAAAGACAUUUCUGUGAAUUAUUAAUUGGAAGCAAUGAAAGUCCAGAUACUUCAGAAGAGGCUAAAUGGUUAAGAAGAAAGGAGUUAUUAAAAGAACUUGCUAGAACUUCAUCUAUCUAUACAGAAGGUAUGACACAAGAAAUGUUCAUGUUAAGAUUUUCUGAAUUCGUUGAAGUACAAGAACUGGAACCAUGUGAUCGAAGUGCUGAUAAACCAUGGAUAAGAUUAACAUCAAAAGAUAAAGCACAGAUUCGUAGAGAGUUAAAUGAUUACAAAAUGGCUGAAAUGGAUGUACAUCAAGACAGUCGACAAUUCACCAGAUUUCAUCCUCCGUAAAGAUUUGUGGAAUAAUUCACUCAAGAUGGUCAAGAUCUAUUCCAUCUUAACGAAUUCAUCUUCUUCUUCUUCGUGUAUGUACAUCUGUGUAUACAAUCCUCCACAUAACUGUCUAUGAGUAUGUGUGUGUGUGUGUAUGUGUGCGGAUGUGUAUACAUGUCAAUGAAUAAAUCUGGACUCAAUAAUAACUAAUCUGUUGUACAAUAAAGAAAAACUAUUUGUUCUAUGAAUGAAUCAGAAUUCCAUCUCAUCUAUAGAAUGAUUCAAUUAUUCAUUUACAUACAACAAAAGAGGAUCAUCUUCUAUUAUUAAUAAUACAUUAGAACUAAUUGUAUAUAACUUAUCAAUGUAUCUUUAGUGUAAAUUACGUGUUGCAAAUUGAUGAAAAGCUUUUACAAAAACAGAACAAUUCAAAAAGAGAAUUCAUAUUGUGUAUGUAUGUUUACAUUAGCAACUAAAGGGAACUAAAACACACACGCACACACACACACACAAAGAAAAAAAGAUGUUGCCAUACAACAUGAAUCAUUCAUAACAGUCAUAUUCUCUUUUUGUUUGUUUUUUUCUUUCAUCAGUUGAGAGAGAGAGAAAAAAAGGAACAUAAUUGACCAUUAUAUUUCGAUGUAUUAGAAAUUACAAUUUCGAUUUUCGUAAUUCAUUUAUAUACAACAAAAUAUGGUGAUAUAGACAUAGUUACAAUUCAUUGAUUUUGGUGUAAUUUUUUAAAUAGAUUGUAACUAUGCCAAUAUUUAAAAUCUCCCCUGACAACAACAAGUUUAUUUGUAUAUAGAUAAAUAUUUU